AUGUACAUACAUACACAGACAAAUGUACAUACAUACACACAAACACACACACACAUGUACACACACACAUACAUGUACAUACAGGCAGGCACAUGUACAGAUACACACAUGUACAUACACACAGACACACACACACCCUAUAAAAAGUUGCAGUACUUCGUUGUUCACUCACAGAGCUGGGUACUGCACUCUAGAGAGAGGCAGAGAGCACAGCACACACUCCUUCCUUUGCUUUCACUGCGCUCAGCUAUUGAGCAGUCUGACGGCUCCCAGUGCCAAUGACAGAUCUGGCCUGAGCUCCGAGCCUGCUCAGCAAGACAGCCAUGGGGGACACAUUCGCCCCCACCAUAAUUUCCACUCGCCAUUGGCGAGCAGGCGAGUGGAAAUUUCAAGGCCUGGUCAA